CGCGAAGCUCCCCCUCGGCCCCCGCCCCGCCCGCUCCGUAUUUAUACGCGCACACGAGCGCGCCCACACACGAUGACUGCUGCCUGCUUGGUUCUUACAUGAGAAGUAGUGGAGACAGGCGAUCGAUAGCGUUCCGGCCGAUCCUGCUGUCGACAUUGCUUGGCGGUUUGGUUUUUCGAUCGGCAUGGUGAUGGGCAAGGCGAGGUCGGGCAAGGCGGAGGGGGCGCGGUGCCGGCGCCACCCGCGGCACCGGCAGCAGGGGGCGGGCGUCUGCGCGUCCUGCCUGCGGGACCGCCUCGCCCACCUGUCCCUCUCGGCGUCGCUGCCCUCCGUCGUGCGCGGCGACGAGGAGGAUGGGUUCUACGAGGAGGAGGGGGCGUCGUCCUGCUCGGAGGCGUCCACGGCCUACUCCUCCGAGGGCUCCAGCGCCGCGUCGUCGGGGCGCGCCAGCCCGGCGGCCGAGCCGGCGUUCCACGACGAGAUGAGGCGCGCGCCGCGGGUGUCGUUGCUCAUGCGCCACGAGCGGGUCGUCGGGGACGCCGACGCCGUGGCCGCGUUCCUGCAGGCGAGGAGGGAGCAGAGGAGGAGGACGGCCACCAGCUUCUGGGCCAAGCUGCUGCACGCCACGCGGGGCGGAGGAGGAGGGAAGAAGGAGGAGGCGUGCUCGAUGGCGGCGCGCGCCAAGACGCUCGAGGAGAGGGGCGCCGCGGCCAAGUGGGUCCUCUUCUGAUCUGGCCAUGCUGUGCAUGCUUUCCGUUGCUCAUUAGUGUGUCGAUGAUGACUGUUUCGAGUGGUUUCGUGGACAAUUUUUUAAAAAAUAUUUGGGUGCAUUUUGUUGAUGGGUUUCGCCUGGGUGUCGAAGGGGCAUGCAGCUUAGCCUAGCCAUGAUGGUCCAUGCUUUGUACAGAUCUAAAGCAAACAACUUGUACGUGAUCCGUUGAUCUAUAUUCUUUGAUUGGUUUUAACUUUAA